AUGUCGUCUUCCCGCUGGAUUAAGGCGGAGGUGUACCCGCUGUUCGCGACGACGGGUGUUGCGGUGGGGAUCUGCGUGAUGCAGCUGGUGCGCAACAUCACCACCAACCCGGAGGUGCGGGUGACCAAGGAGAACCGGGCGGCCGGGGUGCUGGACAACCACGACGAGGGCCGGCGCUACUCGCAGCACGGCGUCCGCAGGUUCUGGCUCUCGCAGCGCCGCGACUACAUGCACGCCCUGGACAACGUGCCGGCAGCAGAAUCCAAGACGACGACCAACAAGUAG